AAUAUAUAAACUUUAAAAUGGCAAACGAAAAUAUAAACGAAAUGCAGAAUUGCAUUCAGGCUCUCACUCAAAUUGUUGUUCAACAAAUGCAACUACCAAAUGCGAACUCAAGAACAAGAGCUAGAAACCAGAUUGAAAAGGAAACUCGAUAUCUUCCAACAUUUACUGGACAAGAUGGUACUCUCCAUGGAUUCAUUGCUUCAGUGGACCAGAUUAUGCAGGAAUAUGCAGACGAUGCGGAUCAGGUUUUCAGCGUUAUAUUCAACACGAAGAUUCAAGGACAGGCAAGAACAGUUCUCACCAUCAACACACCGACAACGUGGGAGGAAUGUAAGGAGAAAUUGCGACAUCAUUACCGGCCAAGAAUGGACCAAAUGGGUUUGACUAGGAAGAUCAACAAUCUCAGAGUGACAUCUAUUAAAGAUUUAGAUAUUAAGUUAUGACAGAAGCACCAAGAGAAUUUCAAUAUUCUCCACAAGUUCGUUCAAGAUGGGUGGCUUUACCCCUGGAUAAAUCAUAUGAUUUUCUAUUGGGUAUGGACUUCAUCCAAAGAAACGUUCAAUUUAUUGAUUUCAAGAAGAAAACAAUUAAACUGAUAAAUGAUGCUGAAAUUCCAUUCCAUUCCAAGCAUCCUGAAGAGGCUUGUGUUUUGGAAGUAAGUGAAAUUGAAAGCUUUAAUUUAACAGAUUUAAAUUUAGAAGAAAAGGAAAUUAUUACCAAUCUAAACAAAAGAUUUAACAAGUUAUACUAUAAAGAAGGCGACCAAUUGACAAAUACAAAUACAGUGGUACACAAUAUAAGAACAAUAACGGACCAACCGAUUAAUUCGAAAAUUUACAGGUGUUCUCCAAAAUAUGAAGAAGAAAUUCGAAAACAAAUUUUAGAAAUGGAAAGAAACGGCAUAAUAAGAAAAAGCAGAAGUAAAUACAGCUCACCUAUAUGCAUGGUGCCAAAGAAAAUAGAUAAUUCAGGAGUACAAAAAUAUAGAUUAUGUGUAGACUAUCGUCGAUUAAAUCAUGUAACAAUACCAGACAAAUAUCCGUUACCUCUCAUGGACUCAAUAUUAGACAAACUUGGUAGGGCUCAAUAUUUCAGUACAUUGGACUUAGCAAAAGGUUAUCAUCAAAUCUUGAUGGCUGAAGAAGACAUAGAGAAGACAGCAUUUGUUUCACCAUUCGGACUUUAUGAAUACGUUAGAAUGCCAUUCGGACUAAAAA